CGGGUAUUGGUCAAUAAUUCAUAUGUGGAGAAACAGUAGAGGGCCUGCUUCCUCUGGGACAUUAUCCAAGCCCUCUGUAAUCUACAGUGCUAGCAUUCUUCCACCUCUAGGUCUCACCUCUUAGCCGCUGUGACCCAAUCAUCACCUUUGUGGAAUGUUUAGUCUUGAGGUGCUUUUCGUUUCAGGUCAGGGAAAUGGAGCAUUGACCAGAUCAGUCAGAGUACAGACCCGGCUCUCCUGGGUCAGCAGAAGACCACUAGGCCCAGGGAAUGAGUUUCCAUUGCGUCCCUGUCUCUUCAGGUUGCUCGGCGUUGGGGUAUCCAGAAGAACCGGCCAGCCAUGAACUACGACAAGCUCAGCCGCUCUCUACGCUAUUACUAUGAGAAGGGCAUCAUGCAGAAGGUGGCCGGGGAGCGAUACGUCUACAAGUUUGUCUGUGACCCGGAUGCCCUUUUCUCCAUGGCCUUCCCUGACAACCAGCGCCCGUUCCUGAAAGCAGAGUCCGAGUGCCACCUCAACGAGGAGGACACCCUGCCGCUGACCCACUUUGAAGACAACCCUGCUUACCUCCUGGACAUGGAUCGCUGCAGCAGCCUCCCCUAUGCUGAAGGCUUUGCUUACUAAGUUUCUGAAUGGUUGAGUGGCCAAACCCUAGAGCUAGCAGUUCCCAUUCAGG